AUGCGAACAUUUUCAUCUAUCGUCAUUGCCAUCGUAACACUCGCUAUUAUUGCCUGUGUUCGAGCUCAAAAUGGAAAAUUCUCGUAUGUUAUACAUUCAGCGCCCGCUAUUGACAUUAAAAGCAUUGACAUUACUCCAAUUCCAAUUCUUCAUCCAGGCGAGGCUUUUCUUACUUUUGAAGCUGAUCUUAAACGACCCAUUAACACAAUAGCAACUGCUUUGAAAAUUGUUCGUACCGUUAGUGGUAUUAAACUUCCAGUCAAUUGCUAUAAAGUCGAAGGUCUUGAUGUUGGCUCAUGCAAUUAUACAGAUUUAUGUGUUGUACUUAAGACUAUGUUACCGUCAUUUAAACCCGAAACUUGUCCCGCGGCUAUGGCUAUAUACGGAAUUGAUUGCAAUUGUCCAUUCAAAAUUCCUGCUGGAAAAUUGAAUAUUAUACAAGAGAAACUUGUUUUGCCUGAUGCUAAACAAAGUAUUGCUAGUUUUAUGGCUACAGGCGAUUUUGCUAUUCGAUUGGACACAUCAGAUCAACAAGGACCUUAUGCUGCACUCACAGUUAAUUUCAGUGUUAAACCAAAACCAUCAGCUGGUUAA